AUGAUAGAAAAGAUUGAAUCUGAUACGAUAUACGACUUGAUAACCAAUGGAGGUGAGAUGACCCUUGAAGCUCUAAGGCAGUUCAUAGACAUUGUGUUUCUUGGCGUCAAUCCCCAGCAAGUAUCCCAAUUGACACAGUCUCUGGGAAACACUGUAACAAGGGAUGACUUCAACGCUGUCCUUGAUGCCUUGGUGCUUAAAAAGGCGGGAUGUUUGGAUAUAUUCAAUUCAUGGGACAAAGGUCAGAAGGGAUACAUAGAUAAAUCAGAUGUAGAGACAAUUCUUAAGAGCUAUGGGCUUUCGUUUAAAGAAAGCUAUGUCGACACGAUGGUCGGGAUAUUCAAGGAUAAAAGAAUGAAGUUUGAUGACUUCAAUAGGCUCUACAAGGAGGAAUAA